AUGAGGCGGGGGCGGCCGGCGGAGGACUCGGAGAGGUGGGAGAGGUGGGAGCCUCCGCCCCGGCAGAACGUUGGGAGAGGUGGGAUCGAAGCGGUGGGAGCGGCGGGAGAGGAGGGAGCGGAGGGAGCGGAGCGGCGGGAGCAGGAGACCCCCGCCCCGGCGGAGCGGAGCCGUGGGGUCAGCGGAGCGGAGGGAUCAGUGAGCGCCCCCGCCCCGGCGGAGCGGCGGGGUCCCAGCGGUGGGAGCGGUGGAAGCAGCGGGAGCAGUGCGGGGGGAGCUGCGGGAGCCCCCGCCCCGGCGGAGCACARCGCUGGGCUGCGGAUGGAAGGCAGCCGCACUUCUUCCCGGUACGGAUCCAUGGAAUCCACCCGGUGGCCGCCGGCCGGCGCGGGGCCAGAGGAUGAGAUCGUGUCCAUGGCCGACUCCACCACCACCAUCGACGACAUCGAGGGAGAGCUGUUCAGGAUCGAGCGGAUCCGGGAGAUCCUGGUGCGCAGGGAGUCGGAGCUGCGCUACAUGAUGGAUGACAUCCAGCUUUGCCAGGAAAUCAGCCGGCUGAAAACAGAGCUCCAGAAACUCCUGGAUCUGCCAGAGAACCAGAAGUCCCAGGAGGAGAAGCAGAGGGAGGAGGAGCUGGUGCAGCAGAUCCACAAGCUGGUGGAGACUCGGGAUUUCCUGGUGGAUGACGUGGAGUUCGAGAGGCUCAGGGAAAGGGAAGAGGACAAGGAGAUGGCCGAGUUCCUGCAGAGCAAGCUCUCCAAGAACUAYCUCCAGAGAGCAACUCCUGUCCGAGAGAAGAAGAUGACCUCGAGGGGACAGCAAACCUCUGCUCCCUACAUGACCAAGACGGGCCUGACCCUGCUCAAGGAGUGCUGUGGCUUCACCUGCUCCAUCAUGUAGGGCACUGCCAGCCCCUGGCACAGGACACAGCCGUGGUCCGCAGCCAGGCUCUGCUCCCCGCUCUCCUCGGGAGAUCCAGCGUCCAUCACUGUCCACGAUUCCCCUGCAGCAGCAGCAGCAGUGGUGCCAAGGGCUCUCGGGCUGCCCGGGCAGCUCUGGCCACUGGCACUGCUCCUGGUGGCCCCACGGCAGCRCAGACACCACGUCCCAGCCCGGCCUGGCCUGGAGGCUGUGGCAGCAGCAGGGAGCCCAUGGGCGGGACUGGAGCRUCCCACAGUUGGACAUGGGGACAGAAAAGCACCUGGAGCUGCUGCAGGAGAACAUCCUGCUCUGCCACCCAGGACACACUGUCAUUACUGGUGAUGGUCCCGUCCUCAGCCUUGCACCACCUGGGAGGGUCCAUGGGGUGGUUCCUGAGGACUCCUGGGAGGAAUGUCCCUGGCUGGGGUCCCGUUUGUGCCGUGGUUUUGUGGCAAGGAGCCCUUUGGCCCUGGUGGAGCUGAGCAGGGGUGCAGGGCAACCCCUGGAGCCCCUGGCUGGGAUGGGGGUGCUCCCUGUGGAGUCCCUGUGGAGCACAGGCUGGGGCACAGGAACCGCUGUCCUCCCCUCACUGGGACUGGGGCCAGUGUCCAACACCAGGGAAAAGGAGCAAAAGAGCAAAAUUCACAACAGGAGGGAAUGGAAACCAAAGAGGAGCCGGUAAAGUGGCAGAGGAAGGUGGAGACAGCAGGUGAGAUGCUCUCAGUGCCAAGGGGACACUCAGUCCUGUCCCCAGUGCCCCAGCCAGCACCUCUGUGCUGGCCCCACGAGCUGGACAGAGCCCCGUGUGAUUGGGGCACCCUGAGGUCACCCAGUGUCUCAGUCCCAUGUCCCUGCACGGGACCCCAAGGCUGGUGCCAUGGCAGCAGGACAGGGGCUGUCCCACCUCCUGCCCUCUCCUGGGGGCUGUGGCUGCCCUGGGUGGCCUGGCGUGGCCUCCUGUUGGAAAUGUGAAAAUGCCACUCCCCCAGCUCAGCCCUGCUGCAGGGUGACAGUGUGGGGUCCCUGCCCAGUCACACCCCCGGGGGUGUCACAGCCCAGGGGGCUCCUUCACACCUGGCUGCACAUUUAUAAACCUGGGUGCCGGUGGGAUCCUCCCGGGGCUGUGCCGUGGGUCUGAGUUCCUCUGGCUCAUCACAGAAUCAUGGAAUGGGCUGGGCUGGGAGGGGCCUCAAAGUCCCUCCAGUGCCACCCCUGCCAUGGCAGGGACACCUCCCACUGUCCCAGGUCACUCCCAGCCCCAAUGUCCAGCCUGGCCUUGGGCACUGCCAGGGAUCCAGGGGCAGCCACAGCUGCUCUGGGCACCCUGUGCCAGGGCCUGCCCACCCUCCCAGGGAACAAUUCCUGCCCAAUAUCCCAUCCAUCCCUGCCCUCUGGCACUGGGAUCCAUUCCCUGGGUCCUGUGACUCCAUCCCUCGUCCCCAGUCCCUCUGCAUGUUUCCUGCUGGCUUCUUCAGGCACUGAAGGCCAUAAUUGGUUCCUCCUGUUCCUCCUGAAGCUUCUUUUCCCCAGGCUGAACAAUCCCAGCUCCCCCAGCCUGUGAGAAAUGCCAGAAAUCCCUGUGGCUGUUCUCCAACCCCUGAGGGGGUUUCCACUCCUUUGUCCUCCCUGGGGACUCUCCUCCAUCCCACAGCUGGAGAAGUCCCCAAACCAGACCAGUCCCUCUGGUCACUCCCAGCCCAGGGUGCAAGUCCCAAAYGGGCCCAUGUGACACCACAAAUGUGUCCAGCCGGUGUGACCCUGCUCUGGCUCUGUCACCUCUGGGUUCACAGGGCUCRGUUUGGAGCCUCCUGCUUGGGCUGCUCACUGUUAAUGCCCUGUUGCUCCUGCAGCCACCCCCUGCCACCUCCUGCUGCUCUCCUGCCAGAGGGAGCACCUGCAGAUCCCAAAUGGAGCCACAGGGCCCGCUCUGUGCCCUGCAGGACACAGUGGGGGUGUGGGAGACAGUGAGAAUGUGGGACAGGCCAGUCCAGCAGCAGCAGCAUCCAUCCACCCUGGAGCUGAUCCCAUCCUGGGGCUGAUCCCAUCCUGGAGCUGAUCCCAUCCUGGGGCUGAUCCCAUCCUGUGGCUGAUCCCAUCCUGGAGCUGAUCCCAUCCCAGGGCUGAUCCCAUCCUGUGACUGAUCCCAUCCUGGGGCUGAUCCCAUCCCAGGGCUGAUCCCAUCCUGGGGCUGAUCCCCUCCUGGAGCUGAUCUCAUCCUGGGGCUGAUCCCACCCUGUGACUGAUCCCAUCCUGGGGCUGAUCCCAUCCCGGGGCUGAUCCCACCCUGUGGCUGAUCCCAUCCUGGAGCUGAUCCCAUCCUGGUCACUGCCUCCCUGCUCCUCCAGAGCCUGUCCAGAGCUGCUUUGCUCAGCUCACAGGGGUUUGCUUUGAUCCACACUCACCAAAGGCCCCUCUCUGUCCUGCCUUCCCAGGGCCCUGCUGGGACAGUGAGGGGCCCGGCCAGUCAGGCUGAGAGAGAGCCAGAGGCCAGGAUGAGCCCUGGGUGGCAGAGUUCCCUCUCUGGCCCCAGCCCAWGCUGGGAGCGGUGCCGCUGCACAGSAGGACGAGCAGGGGCUGUCUGUGUGUCCCAGCUAUGUCCCUGUGCCUGCUCCUCAGGCUGCUCCCCUGGGCACAGGGAACUGCUGGAAAAGGUGCCCAGCCCAUGUGAGUGACACCAGUCCAUGUGCAUUGAUCUCAAC